AGUGAACUGCACCCCAUAGAAGUUGUUUCGGUAGAAGUUUCAUUGUAUGAUAUAAUAUAAGUAUGAUAAUGCUUUACCUGCACCUGCUGUGUCUGUGCGACCUGUAUUGCUUUUUUUUGAAGAAUAUUUAUGGAAGGUUUGAUUUCGGAAGACUAGCCUUCCCCCGUUGAGACGAUUCAGUUGUAUGCAGAACGAUUGACCACGUGAUCCACAGCAACCCCCACCGCGACAUUCCUGGAAGAGAAGACAAUCGGCGAAAUCGAUCAGUGACACCAACAUCAUGGCUGCUUGUACAACUAGCAGUGGGGGGCUCGUCGUCGUUCAUAAAGAAGUAAGCGGAGCAGAGUUGCUGGCGCACCAGACUGAGACCGAUUGCUGGUUGGUUCUGUACGGUUGGGUGUACGAUUUUACGCAUUUUGUGAACACGCACCCAGGUGGCAAGGCGGUCCUGCUGCGUUUUGCCGGCGCGGACGGCACCGUCGGAUUUGCGGCCGUGCAUAAUCGCGACAUGCUCGAUGAGGAUCAGCUCCCUGCAGACGUGCGGCUUGUCGGUAAGUUUUGCUCGAAGCCCGGAGAUGAAGUUGUAGCACGAGGACCAGCAUCCGACACAGGGCGUCCGGGAGUCGCUGCCAGCGAAGCUUUGCGGUCAAACUCCUCCUCGGCAGGCCAGCAAGACAUCAUGACUUCGCGAGAUGUUGACCAUGACGAAGCAGAUAUCCCAGCAGCCACGGCCCCAGGAAAACCACUACCACGACAGCCGGCGCCACGAACGACUGAAGUCUCGCAGCCUGCAGUGGUCUCGUCCCGCUCGCGAAAACAGAAGAGUAAGCCGCGGCUUUCCCAAAUUUUGAACAUCUAUGACAUGGAAAUGGUAGCGGCGAGCAACGUAAGUGCCGAGGCGUGGGCCUACCUCGUCUCUGCAGGCGACGACGAAGUCUCGUAUCGGGAGAAUUCCAAGGCGUUUCAGCGAGUGUUUCUUCGGCCGCGGAUCCUGCGCAACGUACGAGACAUCUCCCUUCGUGUCCCUGGAACCUGUUUUGACGCGAAAAGCACACACCACCUUCCAUUUUACGUGUCUGCCACUGCUCUUGGAAAGCUUUACCACCCCGACGGGGAAGUGGCGAUAACCCGGGCCGCAGGAAAGAUGGGGGUAUAGAUUUACUUAAAAGUCGUCCGUAGGACAGAGACGUCGCUUCCUUUGCUAGUUCUGUGUUAGAGUCAGUUAGUUUUUCCGCUUACGCAGCACUCACCUGCUGCGUCAAUACCUUUACGCUAGGACAAACGCCCCGCUUUCGGGUUUGGCGCCUUCGAAAAGAAGUCGAAGCAGCGAUCUCACCAUUGCCACUACCGUACUCGUAAGUCUUUGCAUCAGCAUGCGUCAGCGUCGCUUGGUUGCAUUUGCAACAUUUACCUUCACAUGCAUCACUGUAUUCAUUGAUUUUUCCAGAAGAAGGAACGAUAUAAUACAUUGAACGAUGACGAUCUCUCACCAGAUGACGCAGAUGUGCCCCACAUUGGCUUCUUGCUCGAUGCAAGAGAUGGCAGACGCGAGGGCCGCUAGCAUGACCCAGUGGUGGCAGUUGUAUGUAAAUCCAGACCGGCGAGUGACGGAAAAGGUAGUCCUCAAGGCCGAGAAACUCGGGUUCCAAGCUCUCAUUAUAACUGUAGACGCACCGCAGCUGGGGCGACGGGAACGCGACAUGCGUCAUAAGGCUCCACUUUUUGCUAAUCUGCAGGAGGAGGAAGGCCAAACGACCAAGGGAAAUACAGAACAAGGUAUAUUAUUAUUAACAUCGCUUACUGGUACAAGAUGAAGAAGUAUCACGCACUUUGCUUUUAUAACAAUAGAGAACGCGGCACAUGGAUUCAUAGGCAGGUACUUACUUGUUCCUCGGCAUCGGCGCCUUCUUGCUUGCUGUUUUUAUUAGGACAAGAGCCGUUUUUGGACAGCAUUUUGAUUGUGCUAAGCGACCUUGAGCUUGACGAAACUGCUGAACUGAUUCGUUGCCCAGUCGUGAAAAUCUGCAUCCUUUGCAGCUGAGAGCCGCCUUUUUUCAUUGAGUAAGAGAUAAUGAUAAACAUAGAUACUUAAUAAAAGCAUUUGUAUUUCACUCGUUAAAUUUAGGUUAAUUUUAGUCGUUCGAUCGAUCGCCUAUGGCACGUGGACAUGAGGAAUCAUGCUCACACGUGCUAGAUGGACUCUCCCGGCUAGAUAGAGCCAUGCCAGUCCAAAAAAUUUGCGCUCAAGCAAAAUUUCGCGAUUGAUUUGACCACUGAAAUGCCUACAGAAAAAAGAUCAGGCAGUUGAUCAAAAAAGGCUAAAUCAAGAGGUCAAAAAUCGCACAAAUAGAGCGCACGCAAACGACAAAUGCCAAAAAGAGGAUCAAGAUCUGCAGGUCCUCGCGGAAUAAAUUAGCAGAUCCGACAUCUCAAGUGGUCGCUGGAAAUAGCGACGCUUGUUUGAUGCCGAUAAGUGCAACUGCGUCGCAAUCGUGGAAACGAAUAGCGUCGAAGCUGCCUUGCGAAAACGCGGCCGAAGCGCCCGCAGCAUCUCCUCCUCAGUGGAGACCUACGAAAGAAGGGGGCGAGCCCCAGCCAAUUCCAUGUCUGCACAGACGACUGCGCGCCUACGGGCCAGUGCAGUAGAACUGGCCCAACACAAGGUCGGGCGGUUUCAUACGACAGGGCACCCAAAGUGCGCCAGCAGGUGUCCUGUCCUAGCCGUUUCGGCUUUCGAUGAGUAGCGCCCACGCCGAGGCGUGUUGCGCUGUCUAAAAAGUGCAGAAGCGAUGCAAAUAAUGCGUGCGUGCGCUAAAGCCAUUUUUAGGCGAACACAGCCAACUCGCGCGCCCCAUUGAUAUCGAGCGAUGUCUGCGCGUUGGAUAUGCAGCGAGCAGCUGGCGCUACGAGGCUGCCAAUCGCGGCCGUCGGAGCAAUGUUGAGGCCCGCGGCGGCCUAAUUUUGCACCAAAUGCUCUUGCUACGAGGGGGGGAACUCUCGCAAAAUUUCAAAAAGCGGCAUGUUUUUUGAAUUGUAGCGUGCGGCAGGCAAAUUAAAAUUUAAAAAUUAGGGGCAUUAUCGCCCCUAAAAGCCCCUGUCGAGAAAGAGGUCGCGCGAGAUAUGCGGCCUGUGCUGUGCACGGCGCAGCAACGUUAACAAAGAAAGGAGCCAAAAACGCGCAGAGAUUUUGGGUGGAUGAGGCCCACCGGAAAUUGCGCAGAACUUCGAUGUUAUUCGAUAAGGAAGCCGAGUAAUGGCUUCGCGCUAGAUGGAGACGCGAUUGUCAGCAUCUAGCCAUACGAACGUGAUUCCUCAACUUUCACGACCAUACUGUAAUAAUACCUAAACUCGGGCAGGGGUAACUUCAAUCUCGUCACUCGUGACAAAAUCAGCGUUUGCGUGCAGCAAACUGCAUAAACUCACCUACAACUACGGCUUCUACGUCGAAAACCACCACUGAAAAUGACCACUCUGGACCAAGUCCGUUUCGAAGCAGAACAGGGGGAACGCUUCCCGGUUCUGUACUUCCCUAAUAAUCCCGCCCGUGCCAACUGCAAAGUUCUGUGGAAUAAGUUCGUCGCGGAGAAGCUGGCUGACGGCUCGCAGAAUCCCGACGUCAUCGUCGACAUUUUCCUGCGCAAGGCCUUCGCGUCGGCGGUUUUCGAAAUCCACGGCACGGAAAUCACAACCCAGGAGGCCGACGGGUCGGUCAUCAAGGAUGUCCUCACUGAGACGUCGAUGGCUUCCUUGUCGGAGGUCGCUCGGGUGAAUAGUACCCGGGCCGAGCUUAAGGAUGUCAAGGCCACGGGCCGAAUUCUCGCGAUUCUGCAGCUACUAGUAGCGGAGCAGAAGGAGAAAAAGGAGCAGGACGCGGUCCGUAAGAUGAAUGACGCCGUCAGGAUGAUGGCCAAUGGCGCCGGCAGUGGUGCCGGGGGCGCAGCAAUGCCGAAAAAGAUUUUAUCGUUUAAAUGUUCAGCACAGAGCCGCUCACGAGUUCUGAUCCUAAGCAACACUGUUUGAGUUAAAUGACAAUUUCAGGUACUGGGCGGGCUUUAUCUGCGUGGUUAGAUCCAAGCUUCGACUGGGAGGGCCUUCGUUGGUUACAAGGAAAAACGCGGCUCCCGAUUGUUCUGAAGGGAAUUCAAACCGGGGAGGACGCUGUGCUUGCGUACCGGUCGGGCGUCGCUGGAAUCAUCGUGAGCAACCAUGGCGGGCGACAACUCGACUACUGCCGUAGUGGCUUGGAAUGCCUGGAAGAAGUCGUGACCAGCCUGCGGGCUGAGUGUGGCUGGGUUUCGCCUCGCGAGGCUUGUGCAGAAGCCGGACGAGGACGACACGACCAGGAGAAAACUUCUGCGUCCGCCCGACAGUUUGACGUGCUCGUGGACGGUGGAGUUCGCCGGGGCGGUGACGUCUUCAAAGCCUUGGCCCUAGCUAUCAUGCGAGAGAGGAAGUAAGUACUUCUGUAGUGAUGUCUCUCGUCAGCCUGUUGAUCAUGUAGAUGAAGAUGCUGAUGCACAGUGCACUCGCAUUAGAGUUUCUAAUCCUGCUACGUAGGACUGGCGUGACGAGGGCAAAAUGUUUCUAUAAUGAGCGCAACGAAGAUGCCUGCUAGGUCAGUUCUUUGUGUGCAUGCUGAAAAAUUCGGAUGGAUCUCGAGUAGUACCACUACAAAUAUUAAAUGCUACGUCGUUCACUCGUCGUGUGCUCCUGGUAGCGGUAUUUAUUUCAACUCGUUGAUUCAUCUUAAUCUUCUUCAUUGUCGUCUGGUAGAUAAACAAAGUGGUAGAAGUAUCUCGCGGACAGUGUUCAGCUUGAAUGUCAGCACCGCGUGAAGGUACUUCAAUUUUUGUGUGAUUGCAAGGGCGAAAAUGGUUGGACUUGGGCGACCCUUCAUCUACGGGCUUGCUGCCUACGGCGAAGAGGGCGUGAAUAUUGUGAGGAAAAAUCCCCCCUCCCCAUAUCGAAAAACUAUGUUUCCGAAAAUUUGUGCUGCUGAUUUGUGGUCACAAAUCACAUUUGUCUUGCAAGAAGCCAAAUGCAGAAGCUUCCGCCACAAUAUGGAAGCGAUUUGUCAUGCUGGUAGGCCUAAAGGGCAGCCGUUUGCAAUGCUGAACAACUAGACCCAGACGCCUCUACCUAGGCUGGGCAUCUGGCCGCAAUGCCUUCCUGCAAUACAGAGCUGAUUUGUGUACACAAAUCCAGCAUCCCACUUAUCCCUCUCGGUAUUCGGUCGCAGGGAAGGGUUGCCGGGGUCUCCCUCGCAUCGGUUCUCGAUGUCGGGUGUGAGUUUGUGACUGCGGGGGCAGUGGUUGGCUUAGGUUUGCGGAGUACAUCUGAAAAGAGGCUCCCACUCCUUCUUCCAGGUAGCGAUCCUAGAUCGCCGCCAUGCGGAGCCACCCCCGUAUUUCACCCCCAGGGGGUUGUGGACCUGGCAAAACCGAUGAGUUCGGGCUGCUGACUGUUCCACCUCUUCCGAGUGCGAUCAUGUUACGCCUCACGCCUCACAAAUCCAGCAUCAGAAAUUCCGUUUUGAUAUGGGGAGGGGGCAUUUUUCAUUGUAAUAGUGAAACGCGUCAUUCAGCUUCUGAUCGACGAGUUGACGAUGUAUGCAUUGCAAAAAUGUCUGGGUCUGGAAGAUUGCAACUUGUAAUGCUAAUUCUGUAUCGUGCAAAAAUCUGUGUUGCAUGAAUGCCAAAACCUGUCCACUUUGGACCAAGUUGAGAGGAAGUCUCUCAUGCAGGAAAGGCAUGAUACGGAUCUCGCAGAAUCUGUCAUGCUAGGUCCUGCAUUAGAGGCGUUAUGGAUCAUACGAGACAUGCAUGACAAAUCGCGCAAUCUUCCAGACCCAGACACUUUUACAUUUGAUACGAUGGUGAUGCGUCUUAUAGGUUGCGCCUCUAUUGCGGACAUUCGCCCAGAGAUGGCACUCACGAAUGCGCUGACAUUUCACGGGCAAACGCUAAACAACCAACUUGACUUCAACUACACGCCACCCUGGCAGGUUCUGGAGUCGCGACAGCCGUCCGCAAAUAAGUCAAAGCUAUAAAUGAGUUUUGACAUCAACUUGGGGACGUAACUUCCUUCCGUGCAUAAGCAUAUGCAGGUACUUGUUCUCGGGGCCACUGGGCGAUGAGAAUGAAGCCGUCGUCCGUUUCAGUGUAGUUGAAAAAUGAUCCCCCCCCGGCGUUGUCUUGUUGUACUGUAGGAGCAAAAAUGCAUAGAGUUUUACUUUUACAUGAUCCUGGCAGCUACUAGGGUAGGAAGAUGGUAGCCUGCACACCGCAACUUCUAUCGAUCGAUUUUUCUAUUGUUUCCUGAUGUUGUUUACCAAUGAAAGAUGGACAGUGAUAAUAGGUAAAGAAGAAAGUAAGUAGAAACAAUUCAUCUAAUUGUAAUUCUAAUGUUACAUCUGAAAAUAAACAAGCUCAAAGUAGCAGAGCUGCUGUUCGAAACACUCACUGCCCUCGCCAUCCUGUUUGCAAUGCAGAAAAUGCGCACAGGCUAGGGCUAGCUGGUGCUCCGCAUCUGCACAAUAUGACAAAG